AUGGAGCAGAAAGACAUUGGGAUAUCAGUGGACUUGGUGAAAAUAAAGGCCAUCUUGGUGGAUAUUGUGAUUGGUGGGACUGACACUACAAUCACGACGGUCGAGUGGGUAAUGGCGGAGCUUCUGAAUAAUCCAGAGAUAAUGUCAAAGGUGCAGGAGGAAUUGAAAGAUGUUGUAGGGAUAAAUAACAUUGUUGAAGAAUCCCACUUACCGGAACUGCACUAUCUUGACACAAUUUUAAAGGAGACGUUACGUUUACACCCUGCAUUACCACUUCUUCUCCCAAAGCGGCCGAGCCAAUCUGCAAUAGUAGGUGGAUACACAAUACCUGAGGGAACUAAAGUAAUCUUGAAUGUUUAUACAAUUCAUCGGGAUCCUCAAGUGGGGGAGAGUCCAUUGGAGUUCCAGCCUGAAAGAUUCUUGAGUCGCUCUACAAAUUUAGACUAUGCUAGAAAUAAUAUGAAGUACAUUCCAUUUGGAUCAGGGAGGAGAAUUUGUGCUGGCCUUCCUUUAGCAGAGAAAAUGCUCAUGUUUAUAUUGGCUUCAUUGUUGCAUUCCUUUGAUUGGAAACUCCCUGAGGGCGAAAACGUUGACCUUUCAGAGGGAUUUAGACUUGUCAUCAAGAAAAGCGAGAGGCUAUUUGCCAUCCCUACUCCCAGGUUACCAAAUUUCGAACUAUAUCAGUAA